AGCGCUUUCAUUCCCUAGCAGCCUCUCGAUAGCACAUGAGCCUUGAUCCCCUUGCAAUAUCACCGCUGCAUUCAACACACUAUCAUCAUCUUUUAAAGACGAGACCGCAUAUGCUCUAGACCAGAUAUUGACCCGCGUUUCUUCAAUUGUUCUCAGUAUGACUCAACAUUGGUCUGGCUCAACUUUAAAAGCUUGAGUUUUUCCUCGCGCCCUUUCUACAGCUCCGAUUAUACUAAAGAUGACAACGGAACCAGGAGAGCAAUUGGCAAGACCACGACCAGAAACUGUCGCCGUUAUCAGUCAUCCAGCCACACAACCCACGUAUGCGGCCCCAAUAGAGACGUUUGUAACAGAGGCCAUAGCAAGAGAUAGACGGACAGGUCUUGAGCGACGAGCAACGAUUGCUAUUGAUGCGCCUCAAGGGUCUAGCGUACGGAUGCUGGGGAAGAGGCAGUCGCUUGUAGAUAGUCGCAGGGGCAGUCAAGGCGACGGCCUUCCAAGGGACUAUAACACCGGUGCCGAGCUCGAAGCUGUUGUCACAUCUCUUGGAUAUCGCAAAUCGCACUCUCCAAUAGAUAAAAUCCUGUUUCUAGGGUUCCUGGCAGGAACAUGGGUUUCGUUCGCUGGCCUUUUUGCUCAGCAAGUUGUAGGUGGUGUUCCCAUCGACAUCCGCGCAUCAUGGCCUGUUAUUCCCAAGCUGCUGAUUGGAAUCACUUUUCCCAUCGGAAUUGUUUUUAUAGUAAUCUUUGGAGGCGAACUCUUCACCGGAAACACAAUGAUCAUGAUCGUAGCCUGGCUGAACGGACGAGUGAGAAAACGAGAAGUACUCCUAAACUGGACCUUGGUCUUUUUCUCCAAUUUCGCAGCAUGCGCAUUUUUUGCAUACCUCCUUGGGUACCUGCCAGAGAUGUUCGAGGCGGAACCCUACCACUCAUACGUUGUUUCUGUUGCGACACGUAAGGCCAAUCUUCCAUUUUGGAAGGCCUUGUUGAUGGGUAUUCCCGCAAAUGCUCUCGUCUGUCUAGCGGUUUUCCUUGGUCUAGCAGCGCGAGAUCUUACCGGCAAGAUUAUUGGGCUCUAUCUGCCAAUCAUGACCUUCGCCGCAACAGGAUGGGAGCACUGCGUGGCGAAUAUGUAUUUCAUCUCGAUUGGCUGGAUGUAUGGGGCGGACGUCACGGUAGGCAAGUUUGCCAGAAAUAUUUCCGGUGUAAUGUUGGGAAACAUUAUUGGCGGUGGGCUGCUGAUCGGCUGUUCGGAGUACUACAUGUACCAUUGGCACCGAAGCCAAGAGCCCACAAAGCAUUUCGGAAAAUGGGGCAAGGCCUUUGAUUGGCUGGGGGAUAUAACCAAGAUGGAGGUGAUGAAGGUCCGGAGUGAGCCGGAAAUGUCGCAGCAGGCCAAUGCUGAUGGCGCAAAUGGGUCGAACGGGACAGACGCCCCAACAACCAGUGUUCAAACGAGCCCAGAGAGGCUCGUGUAGACGCAUAGUCUAGUUCCCGGACUACCCUUUUUUCGGAUGAUUUUUAAUUCCCUAGAAACGAUGAGAAGGGCAUCUUUAUUGUCACGCCUUCACAUGAACAGUAUCAAAAUAAAUAAAUGAAUCUCUAAGUCUCCGUCCUAUGCA